AUGUAUGAUGAGAUCCUUGGAGGGUAAAAUCCACAAGGUAAAAAGUUGUUUAAACCACCCCUAGCAUAAGCCAAAUAAGUUGUUUACGGCCCUGGUAACUCCUAGCAUUAGCAAGAUUCAGAAAUGUACUAGUAAUGGAGGCAGUCUAAUUAACCAAUGGGAUAGUCAAAUGGAAUGAGUGGAAAGAGCUCAGUUGCUCUGCAUAGUAUGCCAGGUGAUGAUAGACAUCUUCGAUAUCAAGAAUAUUUGGAAUAAUAGAAACAACCUAAUAAAGAUCAGAACAGAUACAUAGCGCCUGAUGAUAUUGAAGGUGCCCAGCCCAAAAAGCUUAACUAAGUCAGAGGUAAAAAGAAGGCAAACUUCUUUGAUGAUAAGAAGUUGAAUCAAUAUUAUCAUGACCAAAAGUACCAACUAGUAGAUAAUAAUCUCAAGCAAUAAGCUCCUGAAACUUAAGGCUACUUUGGAAAUACGACAUCUCAGAGCAACUAUAACACUACAAAUCAACUUUAUUAAAGCCGUCAAGGUUAAUUGAGUUAAUAGCAAUCCUAUAGCAAUAAUAAUACUGGAGCGAGAAAUUCAGUUGAUAAAAGUAAGCCAGUCAAAUUUGAUGAUAUAAACAACUUUGACCGACUUUAUAAUAAAAGAAUUGACUGGAAGCCGAUUCUGAUAUAAGAAAAGCAAGAUGAGAAAAAACAAUUAUUAGAAAGAGUACUAGGUGAGAGUGGAAGAAUAGGCUCUGGAUCAAUGAAUAGUACUCUAAGUAAAACAGGAGCAUAGAUGAUGAUGAUCCCACCAACAAAUUUGAGACUUAAUGGGAACCUAAAGAAUGAGAGUCAAGUUAAUUAUUGCAUCAGUCUAGGACUUGGAGCUCCCUAAAAGAAUGAGCUAACUUCUAAUUCAAUUGGUAAAUUCGCUAACUAUGGAUCUAUGUGA